AUGGCGAUGUGGCAGCCUGAAGAAAACGGUCUUCGACAGAUUUUAGAAUUACUGAAAGAUUCACAGUUUCAUAACCCAGAAGCUCAGAGAAGAGUACAACAGAAAUUGAGUGAGCUGAAUAGCUACCCUGAUUUCAACAAGUAUUUGGUCUUUGUCCUAACAAAAUAUACUUCUGAAGGUGAUUCUUCACGAUCUUUAAGUGGUCUGAUAUUGAAAAAUAAUGUCAGAGCCCACUUUGAGCAAUUUCCGCCAGAGGUUGCCAGUUUUAUUAAACAAGAGUGCCUCAAUGGUAUCGGAGAUCCUUCUCCGCUGAUUAGGGCUACCAUAGGCAUUAUCAUCACAAAUAUUAUCUCAAAGGGGGAGUUGCAGAACUGGCCUGAGGUCUUGCCACACCUGUGUGCAUGUCUCGACUCUCCAGAUUACAAUACCUGUGAGGGGGCAUUUGGAGCACUACAUAAAAUCUGUGAAGACAGUGCUGAACUCCUGGACAACAGCUUGCCAGACGCACCACUGAAUGUACUUAUCCCCAAAUUUUUGAAUUUUUUCCGGCAUCAAAACCCCAAAAUAAGGUCUCUUGCCAUUUCCUGUGUCAACCAUUUCAUUAUAACUAGAACACAGGCUCUGAUGAUUCACAUAGACACUUUCAUACAGAACUUAUUUUUCCUGGCUGAGGACACGAACCCGGAUGUGAGAAAGAAUGUGUGCAGGGCUCUUGUGAUGCUGGUGGAAGUGAGAAUUGACAGCUUGUUGCCCCACAUUGACCAGAUCAUUCAGUAUAUGAUGGAGCGGACCCUGGAUGAAGAUGAGACUGUUUCAUUAGAGUCCUGUGAAUUUUGGCUGUCCCUUGCCGAACAAAAAGUUUGCAGGGAAGUGUUGAGUUCUCACUUAGAUCGGCUGGUGCCAGUACUAAUUACUGGGAUGAAAUAUUCAGAAGUAGACAUCAUUCUAUUGAAGGGUGACGAGGAAGAGGAUGAUAUGGUACCAGACAAGGAGUCGGACAUCAAACCAAGAUUUCACAAAUCUAAAGCCUACACACAGAACUGUGAAGAAGAGGAUGAACAUUAUGAGAGCGACGAUACCAUUGAAGAAGAACAACUGUCUGACUGGAAUCUCAGAAAAUGUUCUGCAGCUGCCCUGGAUGUUUUAGCCAAUGUGUUCCACGAUGAGAUCCUGCCAGUGGCUCUGCCAGUCUUGAAAGAAGUUCUGUUUCAUGUCGACUGGGAAGUGAAGGAGUCUGGGAUCUUAGUCCUGGGAGCCAUUGCUGAAGGCUGCAUGAACGGCAUGAUCCCCCAUCUGCCUGAGCUGGUACCUUAUCUCAUCAGUUGCCUGUCACACAGGAAAGCACUGGUCAGAUCAAUCACCUGCUGGACGCUGAGCCGCUACGCCCACUGGGUGGUUGGACAGCCCCAUGACAGCUAUCUGAAGCCACUGAUGACAGAGCUUCUAAAGCGCAUUUUAGAUGCAAACAAGAGGGUGCAAGAAGCUGCUUGUUCGGCAUUUGCAACACUGGAAGAGGAAGCUUGUACAGAGUUGGUGCCGUAUCUAGGGUAUAUUCUAGAAACCUUGGUGUUUGCCUUUGGGAAAUAUCAGCACAAGAAUUUGCUCAUUUUAUACGAUGCCAUUGGAACAUUGGCCGACUCUGUGGGACACCACCUAAACAAGCCUGAAUACGUAAACAUGCUGAUGCCGCCACUAAUACAUAAGUGGAACUUGCUGAAAGAUGAGGAUAAGGAUUUAUUCCCCCUGUUGGAGUGUCUCUCAAGUGUGGCCACAGCCUUGCAGUUGGGCUUUUUGCCAUACUGUGAACCUGUCUAUCGCAGAUGUGUUUGUCUUGUGGAGCAGACCCUGGCACAGAAUUAUGCAAAUAUGAUCCAGCCUGACCAGUAUGAUGCCCCUGAUAAGGACUUUAUGAUUGUUGCCCUGGAUUUACUGUCUGGGCUUGCCGAGGGUCUUGAAGGACAUAUUGAAGUGCUUGUGGCUGAUUGUUCUACUUUGAAGCUGCUGUAUCAGUGUGUGCAGGAUCCGAUGCCUGAAGUUCGGCAGAGCUCAUUUGCUCUUCUUGGUGACCUCACGAAAGCAUGUUUCCAGCAUGUCCGCCCAUGCAUCUCGGAUUUCAUGCCCAUUUUAGCGGCCAACCUGAAGCCAGAACUGAUCUCUGUGUGUAACAAUGCAACCUGGGCUAUUGGAGAAAUUGCCAUUAAAAUGGGAAGUGAUAUGCAGCCGUUUAUUGAAAUGGUUUUAACACCGCUGAUUGAGAUUAUCAACAGAUCAAACACACCCAAAACUCUACUGGAAAAUACAGCCAUAACUAUUGGAAGACUGGGCUUAGUUUGCCCUCAGGAUGUGGCCCCACUUUUACAACAGUUUAUCAGGCAAUGGUGCACAUCGUUGCGCAACAUCAGAGACAAUGAGGAGAAAGACUCUGCGUUUCGCGGUGUUUGCUUGAUGAUAGGAAUCAACCCAGCUGGAGUGGUGCAGGAUUUCAUCUUCUUCUGCGAUGCUGUGGCAUCCUGGACGCACCCCAAGCCAGACCUGAAGGAAAUGUUUUAUAAAAUACUUCAUGGCUUCAGAGCUCAGGUGGGUGAUGACAACUGGUCCAAAUUCUCAGAUCAGUUUCCACAGCCACUGAAGGAACGGCUGACUGCUAACUUUGGAGUUUGA